AGUUAUCCUAGGGCAUACAUGACUCAACUUGUCAGCUCUCCGGACGGUUCAGCCAUGUCAAGGAACCCAGGUCAUCCUCCACUUUCUCAGUCCAAGGAGAAUAACCUUGUCCRGAAUCAUCACCAGGAGGAAAUGAUCCAGAACUUGGUCAUUCAGCUGAGAUACAUUGCAGAUAGCAUGAAUUAUAGGGAGGCUCAAGAGGAUCUUCAACAGGAAGUCAGAGAUGCACUGGUUCAUUUUACUUUAUCUGUCUUCAGAAGAAUUCAGGUUUUGCUGCGCUCUUUCUGGAACAACCGUUUGCUGUAA